GUGUUCUUCUCGAGGGACAAGCACGGUAGAAUACUCUAGAUGGGUACAUGAGCCAUUCACUUUCCUUACAUGAUGUGGUCGGUUCUCCUCCACACAAACGCAGGUGCUUCUCACUUCACGAGGACCACGAUGUCGACCUUGAAACUAAAUCCGUGACAGAAGAUGAAGCCGACCUUGGAAUACGCCAGCUUAUUGCUGAGGAGAUCGACCUGGAAAUUGCUAUCCGCCAACGCCUUCUAAGCACCAUCGACUCUCGCAUAACAUGGGCACUUAUGCUACAGGAGGCUCUCGUCCGGGACUCGUCCACUCCGGUUCCUGAUGCUACACCAGACGACUUUCAAGAGGCUGCUUUAGAUGCCCUGAACGCUGUCGAAGUACCUUGCGCAUUCUUAUUUGAUCGAGAAGAGUCGGUAUACGACGACCCUGAACCUCCCUCUCUUCGUUCAUUUUCCCCUGUUGCCCCAACACAGCGCGAGCGAAUACCUCCGAAGGUCAGGCCGACGCGUACGGCUGCAGCAAAACUUCACCCGCAGAAAAAGCUGCUUUAUAUCCGUCUGCCCCCUUCACAGAUAGCCGUCGAUGAGCAUAUUGCUAUUCUUACUUGCCCUACUUGUACUCGCACGCAGUUCACCACCCUUCAAGGGCUCUUGAAUCAUGCGCGGCUUGCUCAUGGUAUUGAGUGGGCCAGCCACGACGCGUGCAUCACGGCUUGUGCUGUUCCAGUACCCUCCAGUGAUGAGGCGGAGAAAGAUCGGGUCGAGGAGGAAGGUGUUGAAGUGCCUUGGGGAGGCAGUGUUGUCGGUCUACAACGACUUUUCGAACGAGCUGUCGGUGUCAAUCUUCCCGCGUCUCUUGUUUCCGAAGAAGGACAGGGAGCUGCUGGCGCGGCAGCCAUACCCAGCACCCUACUUUCACGCACCCUCGGUUUACAUGCAGACUCCCCUGCCCUUGCUACGUUUCUUGGAAGAACCCCGAAGCGGAGAUGCAUACAUGCUUAUGAGGAAGAUACAGAUGUGGACAUUCUCAGUAUCGAUACUGCUCCACGCAGGCCUUCUCCCAGUUUCGAAAGUAGGGAAGGAGUUGCGAGGAGAGCAUAUGAGGGCGUUAGUCGUCAUCCUUGGCGAAUGGCUUUUCCGCAUCGAAAUAGAGCUCGCCCUGAACUCGAUCUUGUUGUUGACGCGCCUGCCCUUGUUGAUAACGUUGCAGAAACCACAGCAACUCCUGCGAUACCAGGAAGCACAACUUCACGAUUCCAUAUCACCGCUCGUGUGCAUAUCACAGAUAGAAGUUUAUUCAUCUCGCCAAGCCGACGUGUAGACCUCAGUAUUCCGCCAUCGCAUACUCACCGGUGGAUGCUCAGUGUCACUGCUCCUUCUUACUCGAUACCUCUGGCCUCAUUCAUGAUACGCUUGACAGUUUUGGCGGUGGCUCCAUCUGAUAAUACACAACGGCAACCUUGUACUGUGGACAAAGUACCCUUCGCCAUCAUAGGCUCAUCUUCUGAGCCCUUUCUUGCGAAGGUCGUGAUGGAGUGGGCCAGUGGCGGGAGAAUGGAAGUAGAGCAUUGGAUCGAUCUUGACCCUGGGAACGCAGCGAGCUCUGUUCUUGGUUCAGAACAAGUUCUCGAUGUCGAACUUGAUAGAGGGACACGCCUCCUCCCCGUCCCUCCCGGUCCUCCACCGCAUAUUCCUUCCUUGGAACGUGAACCUGCAGAGAUUACGAGGCAAUCUGUGACAAAACCUCAAGAAUCUAUAAAUGAAUUAGGAUACGAGAAGGUUCUGCGGAGUUUGUUGCCAAGAGUCCCCAUGACACUCAAAGAUAUGAAGUUCCGUUCACCUUUCCAGGUACCAUAUAAGCUCGUUCCAUCACCGGUGCAUCUUCUGGCGCUUGUGCCUGGGAGACGGAAGGCUAUCGAAUGGGGAAGAGCUCGAGCACUGCAAGCACUUUAUGUCCAGCAUGCAGCCUCGGCCUCCGCAGAAUUGAUGUCCCUCACUGUUGGUGAUGUCUAUGCCUUCUUAGAAGAUUCGGGGCUUUUUCCCCGUUCGUCCUCGAAGAUCGAAGAUCUUGUCCCGAGUGCGAAAGAUAAGAAGGACAAAGUGAAGGAUAAGGAUAGGGAGACAGAAUCCGCGCUUCUGCCGGUGGAUGAACCCUGCUUUGUCUGUGGCAUAAAGAAACGCUUCCACCCCGCACUUGCUGUCACCACCAAAGUGAAGAAGGAGCCUGUUUUCGACGAGACAGUAUCAUGGGUUUGCGAUAUCGUUCCGCCGCACGAACUUGAGCGGGGUUUACGAAUACCCAUCAUUGAUUUGACGAAGAUUUUUGGAGGUGGACUAGAAACUGCCCUAUACGCCGGGGAAGCUGCGGGAGAUGGGCGAGGGCUACCGCAUCAACCUAUGGCUUCUUCUCAAAUACUCAGACCUUGGCGUUAUUCUGCGCGGCAGAUUGUCUCAUUAAGUCCACCGGACCUCAUUCUUGCUAUUCAUAGGAGCGUCGGAUCUUUGCGACUUCCGCAUUUUCCUGAACUUCCCUCUCCGUCUCUGGACAAGCGUCGUACAAAUUCGGAGAUCGAAGAGGCAUUUGCACCAUCAGCACUACUAGCCGCUGUGCUCAAACCGUUUAUUGCCGUCCUCGUGCGCUCUGCAGUGGACGUUGCAAAACGGGACAUUGCGAUUGCAUCUGGUGCUGGAAAUAGUAGUACUGUUGCAGUUGCUGGACAAGGCAAGGUGACACGAACCAAGCGAGGAAGAAAAGUAGGGUCUGUUCUAACUCCAGGACACAUCUUACGAGGGCUGUCGUUGCCUAAUCCUGUCCACGGUAGCGGGCUCACUGCGACUACUCUCAAAGACAUGUUGGGGCUUUGUCUGACGGGAGUGAGAGUCCCUGUAGAGUUUGGACGAUCGUUGACGCGGACUUCUCUCCGUCAGAUUAUGGAUCGAGAUGGCAGUGUGGAAAUGAGGGAGGCGGGUGAAAGUGGUGUGGUUAAAGUUGAACCACCAUGAUGGGUGGGACUUGGUAUUAGAAGUGAAUGUUCAUCCUCUGAGUCCGACGCUGGCGGCAAGUGCAGCCUUUUUGUAUAUCCAUUGUGAUCCUGGACUCUGCAAAACAGAAUGCACGCCUUCCGAAAAUGGAUCUCCCUGCCUUGAGAGUGGCGGGUCAAUCGAUUCUAUUUUUAGAUAUACUGCACAUGUUUUGGACGUGGAAAAUUACAAUCAAAUUUGGCUCUGAUCAGUAUUCAGUGUUACAGUUGGGUGUUGCAAUCGGCGCGUGUCCUUGCAAAUGACAUUUGGUAAUGUAAAAUAUUCCAAGAGACCUCAAUUGUGAUGCAAAACGCGACAAUAAAUCCAUUUUGCAGAUUAGUGUCUUCGGUCGUCGUCACCGACUGUAAUGGCCAUUGCAGUCGUUGACCUUACCUCCGAUGUCAUCUGCCUAUCACAUGA